CGCCUUCCUCCUCUCCCGCCUGCUAUGGACUCGUUCCCGGGAGAAGACCCCACCUUGCCUGUGGAAUUCAACGGCAGUGUCAACAUUUCCCGACUGCCAGAUGUCUCGGGAGAUGAAAUUCGUAUCCCCCUGGGAGGUGGCGGAGCAUUACCAGAUGUGGCAGAAGACACAGUUUCACCCACCAGAGCUCGGACCAUGAAGGAUUUUGAAAAUCAAAUCACUGAGCUGCGAAAAGAGAACUUCAAUCUGAAACUGCGCAUAUAUUUUCUGGAAGAACGAAUGCAGCAGAAAUUUGAUGGUCCAAGUGAAGAGAUCUACCGAAUUAAUAUUGAACUCAAAGUUGAAUUGGAGAGCCUGAAACGAGAGCUGCAGGAGCGGGAACGAUUGCUCAUCAAGGCUUCAAAAGCAGUGGAAAGCUUGGCUCAGGGUGGUGAUGCUGAAAUCCAGCGGGUGCAGGAGGAAGCUCGUAAGAAGGUCCAACAAGUAGAAGAACACUUGACAAGCAGAAUAAACCUUUUGCAAGAGGAUCUUAAAACUGCGCAUGAAGAACUAGAAAAAGCACUUGCGACGACAGAGCGGGAGAGAGUUCUAAGACUGGCUGCUGAUCAUCAGCUCUCUUUGAUUACAAAUAUCCCGCCCAAGGAUCUGGAAAUGGUGGCAGCACUUGAAGAAAAAGACAGGUGUAUAGAGCAGCUGAGACUAUCACUAGAAAAAAAAGAAGGUCUCAUCCAGCACCUGGAAGAGUCCAAGGCCCAGAGUGGAUUUUCCGAGGAGAAUUUAUCAGCAGAGAAAACCCAAGCUUUGAUGGAUGAAAAAGAGAGAGAGUUGGGGGCCCUCAGAACAGAGUUCCGAAAUGAGAAGAAUGACUUUGAAAAACAAAUUCAGUCACUCCAGGAAGAACUGCGUGAACAAGAGAGGGAGCUUUCCGUGGAAAAGAGAAAUGCUUUGAAACGAGACAAAACUAUCCAGGGGUUAACACUUGCUUUAAAGAACAAGGAAAAUGAGAAUGACGAACUUAGUUCUCAACUGGAAACUUUAAAUGCUUCAUUGGCCAAGGCCAGAGAGGCCACCCAUAAAGCUGCGAUGCAGACAUUCCAGGGUGCUGAAGAUUAUCAGGCCCUCUUGACCGAAAAAGAGACACUCCUGGCAGAGCUGCGUUCUGAAAACCUGACCAAAGACAUGGAGAACCGUAAACUGCAGCGGAGAAUGAAGAGGACCGAACAAGAGCUGACCGAUCUGCAGCUGGAGAGGGAGAAGCUGGUGAAGGAGCUAGAGGAGGCCCAGCAGCAGAAGAGUAGAAGUGACAAAGCCAUUAAUGAACUCCAGAAUCAGCUUGAGAAAUCUCACGAUGAAAUGGUUGAGAAAAGCAAGGCGUUGGAACAUCAUUACAAUGCUCUUUUGAGCGAAAUGAAUCAGAAAUUGCAAAGCCAAGAAUUGGCUGCCACACACUUAAUGGACAGUGCCAGUCAGAAGGAUCAGAUGCUCCAGAAACUAGAUGGAGUGAUUAAAGAAAAGGACAAGGAGCUUCAGGAACUGUUUGUGAAGUUUCAGAGUCUUUUAAAUGAUAAAGCGAUUCUGCAGAGGCAGAACGAAGACUUGGCCAAGGAGAAGUGUACUGCAGAGUCUCAACAGCCCAUGAUCAAAACGGUCCAAGGAACUGAGCAUGCAAAGGAAUCUGAAUAUGCAGAAGCGGUCGAAAGCCUAAGAAAAGAACGUGACAUUUUUUCGAAUCUGAUAAAGUCUCUGAAAGAUGCUGAAGGGCAAAAUAAUCUGCAAGCAGAGCUGAACAACAUUUUUUUGUUACGUAAGCAACUGGAAGAUGGUAUCUUGGCAAACUGGAAUUUGCGGAAAGAACUGGAAGAGCAAAUGAAGGCGAAUAAAGAGGAAGAGGAAACUUUCCUUUCUUGGGGUGACCAGACGUCUUACAUGAGCAUUCGUUUAGGCGAACAAGAUCCCUUGAACUUGCAGAUAGAUCUGCUGUCUCUAGAAGAACUUAAGAAAAAGGUUAUUGAACUCCUCUUGUUGGUGAAGGAGCUGCAUUUGGUAAAUCAAGAUCUGAAACAGAAGCUGUUGGGUGGUUCCAAGGUGGAUUCUGUGGCAAAGGAUACACUGGAAACAUUUGAUGAGAAUGAGUUUCUUGAAAGAACAGAAGAAUGCAAGUCGCAAACGGAGGCUUAUGACGAAGAGAUGAAUACGCUGAGUUCCCAGCAUCCUGAGGCGGACAGCAAGCAGGUAAUUUCUUCAGACGCUUUAGACAGACAGAGUUGGACUUCCAGUAAGACUGAGUUUGAAUGUAAUCCAGCUGUCAGCGAUUGCUUUGGUGGAAGUGAGAUGGGCAAAUGUGAAGCUCAAGGAAGGAGCUCGCUCCUGUCUCUGUUAAAUGAAAAUGGAGCAGCGGUACAUGACUCUAGCCAAGAACAAAUGAAUACUGCAAAUAAACUCUUAGAUCGUCCACGCACAACUGAACAAGGUAGUUUGAGUGAGGAUCUGGAGAAUAAAGAUGAGAAAGAUCUUAAGCAGCUGAUUAUUCAGCUGAGGGCUGAACUCCAAAGCUGCACGGAAGUAAAUACAUUCUUAAAGCAGCAAGUAGAAUCGAAAUCAACUUUGGCAGAGAAAGCAUUACCUGCUCCAGCGCUGGGGAUUAAUGCAAAUAUUGAAUUGUCAAAAGCAGAAGUGAAAGAUUCAGCUACACAAACAAUGGCCGUUGGGAGUAAAGGCACGGGACUAAGACAUGAAGGCAACACCGCAAGCCGUGAAGACAAAGGAAGAUCUUCACGAUUCAACAGAAAGCGGGAACAGUGGCAAGAAAGGGCAGAUCUGAAGAGUAACCAAUGGGAGAAUUUCCCACUCAUGAGCAGAACAAAUAAAAGCGAUUCCAAUUAUCCAGCCAAGAAAUCCCGUUUGCCCAUUUUACUGAAAUCGGCAAGGUCGUUGGGAAACAUCCCCUUAAGUGUCCACGCGCAGAAGCUUGACGUGCAUCUUCAGCAUCGCAUCCUAACCUUGGAUGAAGAUCUGAAAGAUAAAUGUGAAGAACCCCAGUCACUUCAGGAUGAAUCACAGCUGAGCAAAGCUUCAAAUGGGAGACCUGAACAACUAGGGCUAUUAGUAGGAGCUGAAUCAUUGAUCCAACUGAAUUGCUCGGAAGCAGGUGUUAGUUUGGACCCUGAUGACAGUAAAGAAGAGAAGGGCCAGGACCAGAGCAAUAGUCAAGACACAGUAGCUAAUGGACAUGACCCUCAUGAUCCUGCCUUGAAAGUGCUAAACCAAGAGUUUUAUUUCCUGGAUAAACCGGAAGUUGAUUCAGCGACCACGUAUUCUGGUUCGAAGAGCCUGCUCUCUCUCAGGUUGAGUGUAAAAAGCACAGAUGCGUUGGAUAGUGACUCCAUAGAUGACAUCGAAGAACUGAGACAAAGAGUUAAGGAUCUGAAGGCUGACCUGGCAAAGUACAGAACUCUGCUGCUCCACUUGCAGCCUGCUAAGCAACUCAUCCCCAAGGAUGUUUUCAGUAUUGCCCAGGUGGAUGGAGAACUGCCCACGGACAGUCACUUUCUCCCAAUGCUGGAUGCUGGUAGGCAGGAGGCAAAGACAUUAUCUGGCAGCCACCAGCAAAUAGAUUACCAAACCCACACUGAGAAACUGACUUCUCAGGUCUCAGAAAAUCAAAAUGAGGUAAACGUUGAGAAGCUUAAAGAGCUGCUGUUAGAAAACGAGGCCGAACUUGAAAAAGAACAGGUUGCAAAUAUGCAUCUCCUGGAUGAAGUGUACCGCCUACAAAGUAAACUUAAAGGAGUUUCGCCAUUGAGGUUCGACACUCCCAUCCUCUCGCUGCCACAUGAGAACUCCAGCCAGCGUCAGAAAAUUCAAGCAAGCCACAGUGUCUGUGUGACUUACCGCCAGCACCUGACCAACCUGAUCAAAGCAUUUGAGGAACUCCUGCAGGCCAAUGAAGUGGAUUAUUAUGUUGCCGAGGGCUUCCGUGAGCAGCUCAAUCAAAGCGUCCAACUGUUUGAGAGGCUGGAGAAGCAGUGUUUGUACGGAGAGUCAUUAGAUGACGAAAUGACUAAACUUGACGGAAUCGCCCGAAGGUUGUCCAACUUUGAGAUGACAGAAAACUCAUCCAUUUUGAACUCACCAGAGCAUAAACAAGAAGGCAUAGAGCAGGAGAGAGAGCAGCAAGCAGUUGCACCAGCAAAAUUUCCCCCAGAACUGUUGAUGGAGCAUCUCCAAGAAAUUCGGAUGCUGAGGCACCAGCUUGAAGAAUCCAUUAAAACCAACAAUCGCUUGAGAAAGCAGCUUGAGCAACAGGUGGCAGACUCUGCCCUGGACCAAGGUUCUGCAAACAUUUGUAUCCACGGCUCAGAGCAAUAUAAUUCCCUGACUUCUGAAAUUCAUUUCCUGAGGAAGCAAAAUCAGCUUCUGAAUGUAAUGCUGGCGAAAGGAUCUCGAGACAAACAGAAGGAAAAUGAAAAGUUGCGGGAGUCGCUUUCAAAGAAGCAUGUCCUCGUUGAGCGCCUUCACAAGGACUAUGAGCGCGUGAAAAAGGAAAACGAGAAGUUGCAAAAACAAGUGGGCAAGCAGGAGGAAGAGAAUGGGCAGCUGACACAUGACGUCUAUAAUACCAGAAAUGAGUUAAAUAGGCUGCAGAUAGAGCUGAACGCAAAACAGCACCAGCAGUCAGAGAACGACAAAUUGCUGCACUCGCUACAACUUGAGCUCAAGGUGUAUGAAAAACUAGAUGAAACAAUCAGAAGUCAAAAAGAUCUCAUCCAUGAUAGAUCCGAGGAGUGCUGGAAAGAUAAAAACAGCACACUUGACUUGCAUGAACUAUUAACUGAAAUACGGAACUUGAGAACACAGCUCGAAAGAAGCAUUCAGGCAAACAGGACAUUGCAUGAAAAACUAGAGGAGCAGCUUUCAAAAGGCAAGAAAGAGAAAGCCAGCUCAGGGUCAGCUGUGAAUAUCAACUACCUUUUGAAACAAGAACUGCAGCAUUACACUGGAAUAAAUGAGUUCAGAUUCCCCACCGCAGACAGCAACGUCCUUGACUUACAGCAGAAAUAUGGGCGCUGCACUUCGCCUUUAAAAGCAGAUGCAGAGCUGUCCUUGGAUAAUUCGGACAGAUCCUCCCAGUGCAGCUCCUCAGCUAGCCAGUCCCACGAGCCUUGUGCUAUUCCUCGCCGUUGUGUGUGGGCGGACAAAAAUGGCAGACAUGUCCUUGGCUUGGUGGAGGACUAUAAUUCUUUACAGAAGCAGCUCUGUGAAGGGCGGAAACUGUUGUUUGAAAUGCAGAUUUCUCUGAAAACAACGGAACAUCAGGAGCUUGGAGUGAAGAUUGCUCACCAGGAAUAUCUGGACAGACAUUCUGCAACCAUCUGUGCGGCACAGCACAACUUGGAAGAAGCCGCUCGUCUCUUGAAGCUUCUCUGGAGAGUCUCCUUACCUAUGAAAGUUGUGCAUAAUGUUGCUUACUCUCUUCAGGAUGAAAGCAUGAAAGCAGAGCUGCAUCAGCUCCGGAGGAAAUUGGCCGAGCAGGAAAAGACUUUGCACAGCACUGUGAUGCGCUUGCGCUCAACCAACCAGUUGAAAGAAAACAUGGAGAAAGUCAUCAUAAAUCAGUUGGCCUUAACUCACGAUGUUUUAAAGAAGGCAAGAGGAAACCUGGAAGUUCCACCGGCUGAAAACAAAAUCUCAACUGCCUCUUUCAGCACGAAAAGGGUUUUGUGAAGGCAACGCUGCCCCAAUAAAAGCCAUUAUUCCAUGCUGACCUUCUUUCGACUGUUUCCUUUCUCUCAGGGCCUUGUUAUUUAUUGUCUUUCAGACUGGUUUUCUUAGAAUAUCGUCUGCAUCCCACACUUGCUUCUGGCGGAGAGGAGUGGGGAAGCAUUUGGAAGAAAUAACUAUUCUAUGUCUGAUUUUACAAAAGUGGGAUUCAGAUAUUAGUGAUGACAUAGUAAGAAGAUUUAAAAAUAGGAUACGGUAGUCUGUUUUUUUAAUGCUCCAGUUUCUCCUUAAUUUAAAAAAUAAAUCCUCUAGAAGGUUCCCGGUUUUUAAGUCAAGGUACGACAUUUAUUAAUGGUGGAAAUCACAGUGCAAAAUACAGAUCUCUUGUCAGUGUGACAAAACAGGAACAAAAGCUGUGUGCCAGAAAUUUAAUUUAGGUCUGUUGUGCCUGGAUGGGCUUUUUGGAAUGUGGGAAAGCUUGAAUAAUAUUUUAAAGUGUUGUGAUUAUUUGCUUGAAGGGUUUAGAGGAAAACUGCCGGAUGCAGCAUGCAAGUUUCUAAUCCAGAUCAUCACAACAAUCUGAUACUGGGUUAGAAAAAUGUUAACAGAACCAGAUGCUUAUUUUGUAAUAGCAAAUUGGAAAAAAAAUGAGGAGAUUUGUUUACCAGGAAAAAAAGUCAAGUUUUAUAGGAUUGCACUGUGCAGGAGUUGCUGCUUAAGUUGCCCUUGUCUAGCUGGAGAGGGAAGGUAACAGAACCUUCUUAAUAGGUACACUUUCUUGGGAUCUAGGAAAGGCCUAGUUUGGGCUACAGGCCCAUUAGCACGGUAUGAUCUAUUUCUGACAUUUUAGAGAUAAAAGAAACCUUUUCCCUUUAUUACUCUUGAGAUUGUAUGUAUGUAAUAGAAUCAGGGGAGGUUGGGGUCAGUUUUAGAUGGUUCCGAAGAAUGUCGUUUUGUGAACUGCUUCUUAGCUGUGAGGUCCCAAAAGUUGGACCAUUCAUCCAGGGAGUUUUUGUGUACUUGCAGACUUUUAGCUGUCCCUUUUAGAGAUUGUUUAUAAAUUCUAUAAACUGGCUUUUAUAAUAGUUUUUUCACUGUGUGUGAGAAAUGUUUUUUGCCGAAUGCAGCGCUUAAUGCAGAUACAUAUUUCUGCAGUAUAGAACAUCGAAUACAGAUGUUUUACAUGUAUGUAAUUUGAGUGAAUGAUUUUUUUAAAAAAAUUGAAACCACCCCAUGGAUAAUUUAUCUAGAAAUGCAAUGUAGGAACCUUUGGAGUCAGACAUUAUGGAAGUUCCCACUUUUUUUCCACUUCCUUUUUGAUAUCUCAAAUUUUGGGUCAUAUGCCCAUGAGAGUAAAGAAAAAAUUCUAAGCAUUGGAGCUAGGAAGGCCAUGAAAUGCAAGAAGUCCAGCCUCAGACCAUCCUAGGCAAUGAACCCAUUGACUGUUCACAACAGCAGUAAUUAAUAACAUAACAUUCAUAGUUUUACUUUUAAGAACUGUUGUGGGGGAGAGAAUGCCUUGAUCUUGAUGAAGCCUUAAAAACCGUGGUCACUUUAGAUCUUGGAAGGUUUAAAUAGGAAAAGAACCACUUACAUCAAGGGGAUUUAAGCACUGGGUUAAGUAUGCUUAGCUUUUUUUUAUCACACCUGCAAAGCUGCAACUAAGGAAUGAUUUGAGGGAGUAUAUCCUUGGAGGAAAAAUUGGAAUAAAAAUGUAGAGUAGUGGAGACUCUGACAACAAAUAAGGACUGUUCGCUAGGCUGGAUUUCCCAAAUUUCUAAGCCUAGAGAGUAGUUUGGGCCAAAGUGUUAGAGAAUUCCCAUCCACAAAACCGUAGGUUUGUACUGCAGAAAUCAGAGGCAUACAAAUACCCCUGGGUUGGAUCCAGCAAGCUUUUUGUCUCAAUCUCAUAUUUUAUCUCCUUACUACUUCCCCUCUUCUAUACGGCUUUUGUCCAUGCAAGUCCCACGAAUAUACAUUUUUGAGUGGUCAAAGGGGAUCCUUCCUCUCCCCUUGACCAGAAGAAAAGCCGGUUGGAGCCAACUUGAUGUCUGCUUUUGGCUCAGCUCUUGUAUGGCACAGAACUCUCUUAUCAUGUUUUUCUGCAGACAGGUGGUGCCCCCAAAAGAGUAGUCCAGUGCUCCCCUGACCAAUCAUAAUUGGCACGUAAUCCAUCAACAACAAAAGGCAGAUGCUACUUAGAAAGAAUAUCAAGAUUUUACUUUCUGUAAAAUAUUCUCUAAUUUGAGUUACCUAGUCUUAAGAAAAACGUAUAGCCAGGUGAAGACUGCAAAUGACAGGCAUCAAGCAGAAUAAGACAGACCAGCUGCCAGGUGUACCUGCUGUUAGUUCUGGAAAUGACUCUUCCAUCAGAAAUGGUUCAUAGAUGCUUUUUUAUUAUUAUUAUUAUUCUCCAGCAUUCUUUAUUAGGUUGAAUUAUAUGGUACGUGCAUUACUGCAGAGGUCAAAGACCGGUUGGUUUGUUACAUGGGGAAUUUUAUUCAUGACAUGUUGUAUAUAGCAAUGUGAUAUUGGAUGUAAAAAACUGACUGAACUGGAUCAACAGAGAUGAUGUGCAUCUGAUCUAAAUACUGAUUCAAUAAA